UUUCCCUUCCCAGAUAUUUACCUCCCCCACUUGCCUCUCGUCUCUUCACCUCUCACUUGCAUCGCGUACUCAUCGCUUACACGUAGUAUUCUCUCUCUCGCGAAACCCUACAUCUUCCGUACAGGAUCGAUCAUGAAAGGAAGCAAAUCAAAGACUGAAACCAGGAGCUCCAAGCUCUCUGUGAAUAAGAAGCCCGCAAAGGGAGGUCGCGGCAAGGCUGCCAAAGACCCGAACAAGCCCAAGAGGCCGGCCAGUGCCUUCUUCGUUUUCAUGGAGGAGUUCCGUGAACAAUUCAAGAAGGAACAUCCUAAGAACAAAUCCGUAGCUGCUGUCGGAAAGGCAGCCGGGGACAAAUGGAAGUCGAUGACUGAAGCUGAUAAAGCUCCUUAUGUUGCUAAAGCUGAGAAGCGGAAACAGGAAUACGAGAAGAACAUGAAAGCUUACAACAAGAAGCAGGCCGAUGCCCCUUCUAAGGAGGAAGAAGAAUCGGACAAGUCGGUGUCUGAGGUACACGAUGAUGAAGAUGGUGACGAUGAUGAGGGAAGUGAAGAGGAGGAAGACGACGACUGAGAUUUGAUCCUCUUAUGGCGUGUGUGAGUGUUUGUAGUAAGCAUAGUAUGUAGAUGGCUGCAAAUACGCUCUCCGUCCGUGGGGUUUCAUCUUCUGUGUUACCCUUUCUUCUCCUUCUUCUUUAUCCCCCACUGAUUCCACGCAUUGCUCCCCCUGCGAGAUUGUUGCAGCUGUGUACUCUUUCUGUAUGGAAAAAAAAUCUGGAAUUUCGUUUUUUUUUUUUU